GCCGGGUCCGCCCCCACAGGCCACUGCCCUGUUUUACAUGCCUAGAUUUGCACGUUCAAUCAUUGAUCUCCAAGCUCGCCAUGAAGUCAGAAAACUAUUUUCAUGGAUCCCAAGGCCUCGGCAUCUUAGCUCGACGGCUACAACAGUACAAACCCACUCCAACAUUCACUGACGUUGAAGCGCCUAAAGUCCCGGCGGGAUCUGUGGAAUCUGCAAACCCAGUUAUCCAACAACCCCAAAGAGUCGGAUCCGGUAGAGCCGCUGUUCUGAUCUGUCUCUUUGAAGGCGACGAUGGCGAUCUUCGUGUCAUUCUCACCAAGCGGUCUUCUAGGCUCUCCACUCACUCAGGUGAGGUUGCAUUGCCAGGGGGAAAAGCAGAGGAGGGAGAUGCAGAUGAUGUCGAAACGGCGAUUCGGGAAGCUAAGGAGGAGAUAGGGUUAGAUCCUUCUCUAGUGAAUGUUGUGACAGUCCUUGAACCGUUCUUGUCUAAGUAUUGCAUCAGAGUAACUCCUGUCAUUGGUAUACUUUAUGACAAAAGGGCAUUCAGUCCUACUCCAGAUGUUGCUGAAGUGGAAGAAGUAUUUGAUGUUCCCUUGGAGAUGUUUAUAAAGGUUGAAAAUUGGAGAGCAAACGAGAUAGAGUGGAUGGGUGCGAAGCACCUGCUUCAUUACUUCGACUAUGAAACAGAUAGUAAAGAGUUUGUGAUAUGGGGCUUAACUGCUAGGAUUUUGAUUAGGGCAGCAUCAAUCGUGUACCAAAGACCACCGGCUUUUCUGGAUCAGAUAUCCAAAUACAAGAUGUCGAAGUUAUGAAGAAGGUGCCGCUCAUAAAUUUUGGGGUCGAUGACACAACUGCUCUAGUUUCCAUUAGGCAGAGCUCCCUUCAGGACCCCUUCAAAGUUAAGGAAAGCUAUAUCAAUAUCAUGACAGGCCACGACAAGCUCUGGAUUCAUGUACAUCUGGGGGAAAGUGAUGGCAUAACAUCCCGGGCCUCCUGAAGUUCCAUGUUGAAGAAACAUAAUUGUAUUUGUUUAGAAACAUCUUGUUUAUGUACGAAUACGUCUGUACUAUGCAUUAGCAGAACAGAAGUAUUGAAAUGCCAAUAAUGAAAUUUUUGUCCCUAUGGGAUUUCCA